AUGUCAUCGCACUGGCAACCUCCGCAAAACUACCGCAGCCGCCCUGUUGCCAUCCUUGGCGCAGGUGUACUCGGCCGCCGAGUAGGGUGUAUCUGGGCUUCAGCCGGCUUCGACGUUAAGAUUCGAGACCCCAGUGCGCAACAGCGAGCAGACGGAAUUGCAUACAUUGAAGAAAAUGUUCAAUCAUACUCGGCCAAGACCAACCAAGUCCCCGGAUCGUUCGAAGCUGUCGAAGAUAUGAAACACGCCGUUGAGAAUGCCUGGCUUGUCAUUGAAGCUGUCCCCGAGAAGCUCGACCUCAAGAUCGCCACUUUUGCUGAACUGGAGGCCCUCACUCCGGAGGACUGCAUCCUAGCUUCCAAUUCAUCCUCAUACAAGUCUUCCGAGAUGAUCAGUCAAAUCUCGGAUUCUACUAAGACCCGCGUUCUGAACAUGCACUAUUAUAUGCCGCCGGCGUGUAUGAUCGUGGAGCUUAUGACUGAUGGAUACACUUCCCCGGAGAUAUUCCCUUUUAUGGUUGAGCGCUGCAAGGAAGCUGCCACAAAUCCGUAUGUCGCAAGGAAGGAAUCCACUGGGUUCAUCUUCAAUCGGUUGUGGGCUGCUGUGAAGCGGGAGGUCUUGACUAUCCUGGCCGAGGGUGUUUCGAUUCCCGAAGAGAUUGAUUCGAUGUGGCUUGAACUGUUUGUCAAAGCAGGAACUCUUCCCUGCCGGACAAUGGAUAAUGUUGGCCUAGAUACCGUUGCCUUCAUUGAAGGCCAUUACGUGGAGGAACGUGGACUCUCUCCCGAGAAGACCGUCGCUUCAAAGAAGCCUGAAAUUUUGGUGUUGGACCUCGGACUGUCAGCCGCCACACCCAGUAUGACAUCAGGAGAGAUCCUCCGGGUUUCUGCAGACGGCAAGGUACAGAAGUCGAUUCUUAAAGACCAAUCAUUGCCAGAUGGACUCGCUGUGGAUUCAGCCUCUGGCCGCAUGUUCUGGACUUGCAUGGGCGUUCCAGGAAAGUCCGACGGCGCCGUUUACUCCGCCAACGUAGAUGGAACCGACAUCAAAACAGUUGUUGCCCCAGGAACUCUGAAUACACCAAAGCAACUGGCUAUUGAUUCCGUGGCGCAAACAGUGUACUUUUGUGACCGCGAAGGAUGCCGAGUCUACCGUUGUGCCUUCGACGGUUCCGACCUGGAGGUUUUGAUUGACAACACUGGACGUGAUCUGACCCCAGCGGAACGUGUCUCCGACUGGUGCGUGGGAGUCGCUGUGAGCCCGAGUCAAGGUAAAUUUUAUUGGACCCAGAAAGGACCCUCGAAGGGUGGUGAAGGCCGAAUCUUGUGCGCCAAUAUCACAACGCCUGAGGGUCAGUCAGCAAACGCUCGAGGUGAUGUCCAGUGUGUUCUGGCUGAUCUUCCUGAGCCAAUUGAUCUUGAGGUGGAAGAGGCUUCUCGCACACUUUACUGGACGGAUCGUGGUGAAAUCCCGUGGGGCAACUCGCUGAACAGAGCUAGAUUGGGUGAAGAUGGUCUUCCUCUAUCAACCAAUUCCCCGAGAGGAUACGAGAUCCUCACCAGGGGUUUGAAUGAGGCAAUUGGCUUGAAGUUGGAUUCCAUCAAUUCUCAUGUCUAUCUCACCGACCUGGGCGGUUCUAUCUACCGGUGCGACCUGGAUGGCAACCACAAGGAGAAGGUUCUCUUCGAGGACCACCGGGCCUUUACUGGAAUUACUCUCCUGUAG